UUGAAUGAAAGGGGAAACAAUAUCUAUUGCUUACUUACCCGUUAUCAAGAACAAAUAUAAUUCAACUCAAAUACUUCGGAAGCGAUUCACAUUUCCAGCAACUCCCAUAUUAUCAUAUUUAAGAGUCGUCCUUUCUCUUAAAAAAAAAAAGACGAUCCGCGAUGGAAAAGAAAGACGCCGGAUCAAAAGCAAUAGAAGAAGCAACUGUUUCGCUCUUGAAUGCGACAGAGGAAGGUGGAGGAGUGACGAGAGAAAUAUGGACAGAGACUAAGAAGCUAUGGUAUAUUGUCGGACCGGCCAUAUUUACCGGACUCGCUACUAACUCGAUCCUCGUCAUUACCCAAGCCUUCGGUGGUCAUCUCGGUGAUCUUGAACUCGCUGCCAUCUCCAUUAUUAACAACUUCACACUCGGCUUCAACUACGGUUUACUCCUUGGGACGGCGAGUGCGAUGGAGACAUUAUGCGGUCAGGCGUUUGGAGCGAGGAAAUAUUAUAUGUUGGGAAUAUAUAUGCAGCGAUGUUGGAUAAUUCUAUUCUUAUGUUGCAUUUUGCUACUUCCUAUGUACUUAUUCGCAACGCCGAUUCUUAAGUUUAUUGGUCAGAGUGACGAUAUUGCCGAGCUAACAGGGAGCAUUGCCCUUUGUGUCAUCCCCGUCCACUUCGCCUAUGCCUUCUUUUUCCCUCUCAACCGAUUCCUACAAUGUCAGCUCAAGAACAAGGUGAUUGCAAUUUCAGCUGGAGUAUCACUUGCGGCUCAUAUUCUCGUGUGCUGGUUCUUCGUGUAUGGCUAUAAUCUCGGGAUCGUAGGGACCAUGGCUAGUGUGAACGUACCUUGGUGGUUGAACAUUAUCAUCUUAUUUGUGUACAGCACACGUGGCGGUUGUACAGACACUUGGACUGGCUUCUCCUCCGAAGCUUUCACCGGACUUUUGGAAUUCACAAAACUUUCUGCCUCUUCCGGAAUCAUGCUUUGCUUAGAGAAUUGGUACUACAAAAUACUAGUCGUGAUGACCGGAAACCUAGUAAAUGCAAAAAUUGCGGUGGACUCCUUAUCUAUAUGCAUGUCGGUGAAUAGUUGGGAGAUGAUGAUUCCACUUGCAUUCUUUGCGGGAACAGGAGUUCGAGUGGCAAACGAACUAGGAGCUGGCAAUGGCAAAGGAGCAAGAUUUGCAACGAUUGUGUCCAUCGCACUAUCGUUGAUUAUCGGAUUAUUCUUCACUGUGUUGGUACAAAUUCUCCAUGGCCAAAUCGGUUUGAUAUUUUCUUCAAGUGAAGAUGUCUUAAACGAAGUUGAUAACCUUUCUGGUCUCUUAGCCUUCACUAUUAUUCUCAACAGUGUGCAACCAGUUAUUUCCGGUGUUGCGGUUGGUUCGGGUUGGCAAUCAUACGUGGCAUAUACAACUCUGGCAUGCUACUACCUUAUCGGGCUUCCGUGUGGACUUACUUUGGACUGGAUUUUUAAUUUUGGAGUCAAGGGAAUAUGGGCCGGUAUGAUAUUCGGAGGAACCGCUAUUCAAACGUUGAUAUUAAUAGUCAUCACUGCAAGAUGCGACUGGGAUCAUGAGGCACAUAAAGCAAGUAUGCGCAUUCAAAAAUGGUCAGUACCUGACGAAAGAAACUGAAGUUGGUAUUUUGGUUAUAAUAUAAAAUUAUUUUCUAGCAUACGUUCAAUGAAUUUAAAUUAUCUUUAUCUAAGUAACAAACAAAUAUCCCUAUCGUUUCAAUCUCACAUUAUAUGAUUAAUUGAUUGAAUGGGCAACUAGUACAUAGAUGUAAUAUCUUUGGUUCGGUUUUCUAAACCGAAACCGGAUCGAUGACCAAAUUUGUUUUUGUUUUUCAAGUAAAGAGAAAUUAUACACACUUUCA